UUUCUUUCUGGUAAAAUUUCUCUUAAGAUAUGUUAGUCAAAUUAUGUUUUGCAAUAUUUUAGUUAAAAUUGCAUGAUAUUUUACAGAAACAAAUUUGUUAUAUCAACCGCACAACUACAUUACUACACUAUGAAAAGAUCUUUAUGCAAAAGUGGUGCAGGAGAGAAGCCAUCAAAAGUUGCAAAGAAGGAGGAAGGGAAAUUUAAAGUUAAUUGGAAGUACCAUGGUGAAGAAGCGAAAGGUUUGAAGCCUUUGAUGUAUUUAGACGGGGAAGAUAUACCGCCUUCAGCUAAAAUAGCUGGAUUCGAUUUAGACUAUACUUUAAUUGCUACUCAAAGUGGGAAAGCAUUUCCCACGGGGCCUGCUGAUUGGAAGUUUUUAAGUGGAAAAGUCAUACCUAAGCUAAAAUCGUUACGCGAAGAUGGAUACAAAAUAGUUGUAUUUACAAAUCAAGCCGGAUUAGAAAAAAAGAAAGUCAAGUCAAAUGAAAUACAGACUAAAAUAUCUGCCAUCAUGUCUAAAUUAGGCUUCGCAUUCCAGGUGUUUGUUGCAACAGGUGAAAAUAUAUAUCGUAAGCCAUACACCUCAAUGUGGGAUUUUAUGAUCAAAAAAUGUAAUGGUUGUUUGGAAGUUGAUAUUAAUUCGUCUUACUAUGUUGGUGAUGCAGCUGGAAGACCGAAAAACUGGGCUGUAGGACGAAAAAAAGAUUUCUCAUGUAGUGAUCGUAAAUUCGCUGUUAAUGUUGGACUGAAGUUUUAUACACCGGAAGAAUUUUUUGAUGGAGCAAAACCGUAUAAAAACUUUGACUGGUAUGGAAUUGAUCCAACGAAGGUUUUGACCAGCGCAAAUAUUGAUGACAGUUAUGAAAAUAUCGCAUCAAAGGAUACAGAAUUGAUUGUAUUUGUUGGCGUCCCAGCAUCUGGAAAGUCAACUUUUCAUAAAAAUUACUUACAACCUAAAAAUUAUGUUAGUGUGAAUAGGGAUAGAUUGAAGACACAAGAGAAAUGCCUAAAAGUUGCAAUGGAAAACAUUAUGAACGGUAAGAGUGUUGUGGUAGAUAACACAAAUCCUUCAAAAGAAACACGAAAGCUCUAUAUAGAAGUUGCAAAAAAAGCUGGCGUACCUGCAAGGUGUUUUCAUUUUCAGACGCCUCUUGAUCUUGCUAAACAUCUGAAUAUGUACAGACAAAUAGAGACUGCUGGAAAGACGCGGCGAAUUCCUGAUGUCGGGUAUAAUGUUUACAAAAACAAAUAUGAAGAACCAAGUGUUUCAGAAGGAUUUUCAAAAAUUUGUAAAAUCAUUUUCAAACCCAAAUUUGAAUCGGAAGAGAAUAAAAAACUUUUUCAGCAGUGGACAUAGAAUUAGGGGAAGUAUGACAAUCUGAAUAUGCAAAUACUGACUACGACAUACUGGAAGUAUUUGUGGUAGAAAUACGUCGUGACUUUUACUUUCUAAUAGUUAUUUCCUUCUUUGUAAUUCUUAGUUUUAUUCAUAAAGGUAACAUUUGAUGUUCGACAUAAUUUCAAAUUUGUAAGAUGGUGUGUCUUAUUAGUGAUUUCAUUGUUGUAAUGUUUGUCUUGCGUAAUGCAGUGAUCCUUUUUUGUUUUGUAAUGUAUGUUUAAGGAAACUUCAAAUUAUUCGUGUCUGCUAAAUAAUCAGUUCUGCAUUAAAAAGAUGAAUUGUAAGAAUAAUCAGAAGUAGACAGUUUUUAUA